AUUACAUUGCCGAAUAUAAAUAUAGAAUCUUAUAAAGAAGAUAGAAAUGCUGCUAUUGGAAAUGGAUCUGGAAUCAACUUGGUAUGCACCACCAGCAGUGGAUGUAUUUUUGGUGGUUCUGGAUUGGGUUCUAAUAAACGCGAUGAGCAAACGGCUCCAGGCAUACAGGCAGCAAACGAAAUUCUAGACACGAUUUUAUCAAAGUCCUGCGUCGACGAGCACGCGCAAGAUCAAUUGAUCAUUUUUAUGGCUUUGGCCAAAGGUACUUCGAAAGUUAAUCUCGGAAGCAAAAAACUUACUUGUCACACUGAAACUGCUAUACAAGUAGCAGAGAUCAUGUUGAAGGAAUUUAAUCUGCAUUUUAAAUUGUCCGAAGGCAAAGACAAUGGAGGGAAUAUUUCGUAUAGUUUGGAGUGCAAAGGUUAUGAAUACGAGAAUAAAAUAAAAUAAAUAAGUAUA